CAUUAUGCAAAAAAUCGUGUUUUAUUACAAGUUAGGUCGAACAAUACAAUAUAUUACUCGAUGUAGCACUGGCCUUUGCACCUAAGAGGUUUAAAGAAAGAUAGUCACCGGUUCAUCUAUUAUCAGAUCUUGAUUUGUCCCAACUAAGUGCUUAUGUGGCUCUAUACCAUAGUAGAGAUAAACCAUUUUAUCAAUUUGCAAAGGGCUAUGUUUAAAAAGCACGUCACACGCUAUAUCAUAAAGUUUCACCCCCUAGUUUCAUGCCGCGUCUUUUCUUGGUUUUUCAAAAAAAAGUGAAAUGGCAAGGUCGAAGCGUAAUUCAGAUAAAGCAAUUGAAUCUCAAGACAAUAAGCGCAUUUGCUUGGAGAACAAUGCUGAUCAAAAGACUCCAUUAGUAGCUGAACAAUCUAAGUCUGAAAAGGAAGCAGUAUCUGCGGGUGAGAUACAAAACCUUAACUAUACCAUCGAAGCAUGUGCAAACAAAGCCAUCUUCAAACCAGAGGAGAAGCCUGAAUUGUUGACAAAAGAAGAGAAUUAUAUAAAUCUGUUAACUAAGGAAAAUUUUAGCAGUAAUGAUUUAUCCGAUGAAUUUGGUAGUUGUGACGAAACCAGUGAUUACGAUGAAUACGAAUACAGUGAUUACGAUGAACGUGAGACAGUUACAGAGCGCAAAAAUAAUUCCAGGGAACCAUCAACUGACAGUGAAACUGAUUUUUUAUCGAUCAAUUCUGCAAGCUCUGGUAGCACACCAGCACCUGUUUUACCAGUUUAUCACUCUUUUGGUGUGAGUUUACAUAACCCUUAUAAGGGUAUGGACCUUACGACUGUAAUCAAACCUCCAUUCUCAAUUCAUUGGAAAAGGAAUAAUUUUACAAGUCAAACCGAAAUUCCUCCUGUUAAAACUAGAAUUGAUGCAGCAGUAUUCCAUCAAAGAGAAGCUGAUAUGUUAGCUCUUUUGAAUGGGCCAUUUAUUAUUGCGGCGCGAAGCUUGAGUGCAUCUGUCUGUUCAAAUACACCAUCGGUUCUCAAACGAGAGCAACAAUAAAACGGUUUGUUUAUCCUUAAUUUUUCUUUACAAAAAUUAUUGGCAAUAAUACAUUCAGUACUUUAAAUUAAAAGCCUUAUGAUAUUAAAU